AUGAGAUUCCUUCGCCUUCUGGCCCUCGCGCCUCUGGCCCUGGCCGCAAGUGUCCCUCGGGCCAAAAUCCCAACCUACAAUGCGGUGACCGUCUUCCAACCCCCGGCUGACUACAACAUCCCGCGCGUCCUGUACGCGCGCACCCUAGAGCUGCCCAACGGGGAUCUCCUGUGCACCUGGGAGAACUACUCCAAGGAGCCCCCGCAAGUGUACUUCCCCAUCUACCGGUCCAGGGACCAUGGACAGACCUGGACGGAACUCUCGCGGGUCCAAGACCAGGUAUAUGGCUACGGAUUGCGUUACCAGCCGGAGCUGUUCAGACUUCCCGAGCGCAUUGGGUCGUUCCCCGCCGGAACGAUUCUGAUGGCGGGCAGCGCCAUUCCCACGGAUCUGUCGUCAACGCACAUCGAGCUGUAUGCGUCGCGGGACUCGGGUGUGACGUGGAAGUUUGUGAGCCACAUUGCUGCGGGAGGAACGGCUAUACCCAAUAACGGGUUGACACCGUUUCUAACCAUCCGUGACAGUAAUGGCAAGUUGAUCUGCUACUACUCCGACCAGAGAGCCAACGCCACCCACGGCCAGAAGAUGGUCCACCAGGUUUCGACGGAUCUGAAGAACUGGGGUCCUGUCGUUGACGAUGUUGCCUACCCAACCUACACCGAUCGUCCCGGCAUGCCCGUGGUCGCCAAGCUCCCCAAUGGCAAGUACAUCUACACCUACGAAUAUGGCUCCUUCUUCGGCACCGACAGCUACUCUUUCCCCGUCUACUACCGUAUCUCAUCCGACCCGGAGAACUUUCUGUCGGCUCCUCACCAGCGCCUGGUCACGACCACGGGCUAUGUCCCCACCUCGUCGCCGUAUGUUGUCUGGACCCCGUACGGCGGCGUCAACGGCACCAUCAUCGUGAGCGCAUAUUCCUCCAGCAGCGUGUUCAUCAACCAGGCGCUGGGAGAGGGCCCAUGGAGGGAGAUCCCGACUGGGGAGCCGAACGCGUAUACACGGUCGCUGCGGGUUCUGAAGAAGGACCCAAAGAUGAUCCUGAUUAAUGGCGCUGGGGAGCUGAAUGGAGAGAACAACAAGGUUACUGUGACCUUGCUGAACCUAGAGGAAGCACUUCGUUAG